AUGGGAUGACAAAGCCCACAAGAGCUGGAGACCCUCUAGAGACUAGAAAUGGCAGUUGCUUGCAUGACAUGCCAUGGUUGCUCUUGAGCUUCGUAUAAUUUACGCCCUCAAGACCUGUGAUCACUCAAGGAAUCGAGGGAGGUUGCCAAGUUUUCAUGGCGUCAGUUCAUCGUCUUGCUCGGACAAUUCAGACGUGCCGUACAAUCGCAUUUCGUAAAACCCUAACCCCUUCAAAUCCAGCUCAUCGCCACCUCUCCUACCGUACUUUCAACCAGAACAGCCACUCUUUCCAUGAUAGUUCUUGGAGGUCAACAAAUGCUCCUGGAUUAAAUUAUCUUCCUGCAAUGCUAGCUGGAAUAUUUGGGCUUGGCCUAGUAGAUGUAGCCUAUGCAGAUGCACCUGAGGGUGAGGCUAAAACACCUUUACCACCUGAAUCACCACCACCAACACAUGUUGAUAUGGAAGCAAUUGCCAAAAAAGAAAGAACUCGAUUAGAAGAGUUGCUUAAAACCAAAGGAAUGCAAUACGGUUCUUACCCUCGGUUUACUGUUGCUGUGAAGGGCAAAAAGGUUACAAUCAAGUUCCAAAUUCCUCCUACUUGUGAAAUUUCACUUUUGAUUUCAAACAUUGUUGCAAAUCUUGGUGUCAAAGUUGAAGAACGAGCUACAGGUUCAGACAUGAAUUUACGUGCUUGGGAUAGUGGUGUUGCUUGGCAGUUAACACUCAAUCGCCCAGUGGAUAAGAGCAGUUCUGAUGCAAAUCCAAAUGAUGAGGAUCUUUGCAUUCUGAUGUUCCGAUCACUCAUUAGUUCUGAUAAACCGGAAAUGGAGUUUAUAAAGCAAGGGAGCUUUACACCUGAGGAGCUUGAUGCUCUAGUAUCUGUGUUGAAAUUGGCGGGAACAGGACAAAAUAGGAGUAUGGAUAGAAGAGGAGAUAAUGCACUUAACUCAUCCUUGGAUAAAUCUGUUAGCAGUUUAGAGGGCAUGGGUGUCAAGAUUUAUGGACUUAAGGAGCCUAAAUUAGAACACUCAAAAUCUGAAGAAAUAUCAUGGGAAAACAUUGCUGGAUAUAGUCAACAGAAAAGAGAUAUAGAAGAUACAAUACUACUAGCUCUUCAGAGUCCCGAGGUUUAUGAUGAAAUUGCUCGUGGGACCCGCUGCAAAUUUGAGACAAAUAGACCCCGUGCAGUACUCUUUGAAGGCCCACCAGGUACUGGGAAGACAUCCUGUGCUCGUGUUAUAGCCAAUGAAGCGGGCGCCCCAUUGUUAUAUGUGCCAUUGGAGGUUGAUUCCUUUGCUACUGCUCGUGAUAGUGAAACUCAUGAAGCUACUCGUAGAAUCUUGUCAGUCAUUUUACGCCAGAUUGAUGGAUUUGAGCAGGAUAAAAAAGUAGUGGUGAUAGCUGCAACCAACAGAAAGCAAGAUCUUGAUCCUGCUUUAUUAAGUCGGUUUGACUCAAUGAUUACAUUUGGUCUACCUGAUCAGCAAACUCGCCAGGAAAUAGCAGCUCAAUACGCAAAACAUUUAGCAAAAACCGAGUUAUCUGAAUUAGCUGCAGCCACUGAAGAAAUGUCUGGACGCGAUAUUCGAGACGUGUGUCAGCAGGCAGAGAGGCGAUGGGCAUCAAAGGUUAUACGGGGGCAAGCACAGAAAAAUGAAGAUGGUGCUUCUCUUCCACCACUGCAAGAGUACAUUGAGAGUGCUUCAGAACGACAUAAGGUUUUACUUGCAGCUGCAACUGACAAACAAGACCAUAACUUUUCACCCAAAAAGAAGCCUCAAUUUUAAAAUGGUCACGAUGGAAAACUUUGAAUUUAGUGG